UUUUCUUCAAAUUCAUAAAGAAAAAUGGAAGAGAAUAAUAGAACCGAAACACUCUGCAAAGUAUGCGGCGACAAAGCUUCUGGGAAACAUUAUGGAGUACCGAGUUGCGACGGGUGCCGUGGUUUCUUUAAAAGGUCAAUCCGCAGGUACGCGAGAAAUUUAGAUUACGUCUGCAAAGAGAACGGACGUUGCAUCGUGGACGUUUCAAGGCGUAAUCAAUGCCAAGCCUGUCGUUUUACAAAAUGUCUUCAGGUCAACAUGAAACGAGAUGGUACGCUUCGUCUCGAUGCGGUACAACACGAAAGAGCACCGAGAAGUACUUCGAAUCUUGUGGCUGCUGCAAGAAGAGCUCCAGCUGGUCUUUAUCCAGGACUACCUCACGUUUAUCACACGACAAACAAUCCUUAUCAUCCACUUCUUUAUCCGGCAUUAUUUCCUUUCAAGCCGACAAUGCCCCCAUUUGCACCGGCCGUUGCACAUUUUUUACCAAGAACCUCGACAGAAUCAUUAUCGGUGAGCACAGCGAAGGAAGACGAGGUAACGAGUUCCGAAGAAGCUGCAACAGUUGAACCGAGGCUCGAACAAAAAGAAGAAUUAGUCGGUGGUACUCGUCUUGUUCCACAAAUCGUCAGUCCUGUCACUGCGGAAUAUACGAUGUCAAGUUUUUCAUUGUUGCCGACGGAAAAUGUUUACGAGUUUGCAGCUAAAUUGUUAUUCUUUGCUGUAAGAUGGGCCAGAAGUAUACACUCAUUUUUACAAUUACCAUACCGAGAUCAAACUAUAUUGCUAGAAGAAUCAUGGAGUGAGUUGUUCGUACUUACGGCGGCCCAAUGGAAUUUUCCAGUUGAAGAAAGUACUUUGGUUCCUGGUGAUUUAUCUACGGAAAGACGAGAGAUAUUAAUCGAUGAAGCAAGAAGACUUAGAGAAUUAUUAGCUAAAUGCACGUUGCUAAGGGUCGAUCAUUCGGAAUACGCGUGUUUGAAAGCCAUCGUCCUUUUCAAGGGUGAAUCGAGAGGUCUCUGUGAACCUGGCAGAGUUACCGCGUUGCAAGAACAAACCGUAGCAGUUUUGUGCGAACGUGACGCACGAAGGGUCGGUCGAUUAUUGUUGCUAUUACCACCGGCGCGUGCAUUGUGCCGAUCUACCCUUCAAGAGCUUCUUUUCAAGCCCACCGUCGGUGACGUCAGCGUGGAAAGAUUACUAGGAGAUAUGGUCGGUGCGCUCAGGCCAACUUAGCAGCCAUCGUCGUCGAACGUGGAUGUCGACUGAACGUACAUUGCUCGAUUAUAUUUAAAAUGCUGUGUUAAAAAAAAAAAAGAAAAGAAAAAAAAAAAUAAGGAUCUUCGAAUUUUACUCCGAUCAUCGUAUGAAAUUACGUAUACCAAACAAAGGACUUCGUUUUUUAUUUAUUAUUUCUUUUUUCUCCAUUUUUUUUUUUUUCAGAAAAUAGUUAAAACUUACCAACAGAGUUGAAAUCGUUUUCUAUAUUUACAAUCGUCGAUAAUGUCGAAUAAUGUCGAUAAUAAUUGUCGGUAAUUGUCGGUAAUACAGAGAGCGAUAAAGAGAAAGAGAGCGUCUUCUAUACUAAAUAUAAUUGAAUAAGUUUUACGAUAAAAGAACAAAUUCUUCGUAAUUUUAUUGAAUCUUUAAAAGAAGAGAUAGCCGUUUUGUAAUGGCAACAAAAACUUCUAGUCAAUCUCAAGUCAUAAAGUUAAUGUCUACCGCAUGUAUAUAGAUGUAUGUAUUACGAAAAUUAGAAAUAAAUCAUACGUGUCUGUAAUAACAAGAGCAAUACAUUGAUUCGUCGUAAAAAAAAAAAAAAAAAAAAAAAAAAAAAAAAAGAAAAG